AAGCGGGAGCGUUGUGCAGCCUAUCUCUGGGUAUCACACACGCAAAGCGCCCACGAGCCCCGUCGUAGUCUCGACAGUCGCGACCGUCGCGUGCUUGUCUCGCAUUAUUAAAUGAAUCACGCGCCGUUUAAUCCCUCCUGCCAGGAAUGUAGCCACCGAGGAGCGGACAGGUGUCUCGGCAUGUAAGCGACGCGGAAGUCCCUGCGUUUAAAUGAGUACGGGAGACCGGCGGAGCGUCUCUUAUCAAGGACAGACUCUGAUCACAGCUGGACGCUCAACAUGGCACCCAGAGACCCUCUCCUCGGCACCCUGAAAGUGUGUGUGCUGAACCUGCAGUCGGAUGGAGAGACCGUGACAGACUCCAACCCUCACCUCGCCUCAUGCUGUGAGCUUCUUGAGCUGGUCCUCAGGAAGGGGCUCCAACAACCGGUUCUCAGUUUGGUCCAGAGAGAUUACUGGCACUGCUUUGAACAGCUUCCCCACCACGACGCAUGCGGCAGGCUGUCCGCCCUGUCGUUGGCGGUCGAGCAGACCAGAGCCUGCAGGAAGCUGCUCUCAGCUCAGGGCCGGGGCCGCUACCUGCUCCGGCUGGCCCUCAGCCGCAAGACCCUCCCUCAGUUCUUCACCCAUCUGCUGCACACGCCCAGAAUCCUGGAGUGGUACAGCCCAGCUUUAUCAAUCCUAAGGAAUGAGGAGUUUGCGGAGCCGUUCAUGUCGCUGCUGCUGGUGCUCUCACACAUGGAGUUUAAGCUGAACAUGGAGAAUUGCAGUUUUCUGGAUGAGAGUUGGCUACUGCCUGUGUGUGACGUGUACGAAGUAGUGCCCUGUCGGGAGGUAGGGAUGGUUUUGAGAUAUCUCAGUGGGCGUGUCUUCAUCCUGGAGCUGAUUCCCGGCAGUCAGGCUCACGUCGACAAGUUCGUCUCUCCCGGUGACAUCAUCGACGAGAUCAACGGGACGUCGCUGAGGAAUUCGAAAAGCGGACAGGCAGGUGUGGUUCUGUCCCGGCUGAAAGGCAGCCCCCUCUCCAUCCGCCUGCUGCGAUGGAGGGCGCAGGACGGGACGGUGUACCGGCCCCUCAUCAAGCUGCUGCGGGCCCUGAGGAUAGAGAACCCCGCUCUGCAGCUCGGCCCAGCUCCCGGCCAGCAGACGGCCGGCAAAGAGCAGAGCCCCCUUCCGACACAGUGUCUCAAAGAGGGAAGGAUUGUGUACAUCGUGGAGUUGCUGGGGAAAUCAAAUAUAGGAAUGUUCGGAGGCAAGGAGGUGUUACAGUAUGCAAUACCACAAGUGUUGCAGAAAAACCAGCCUAGCAAGGAAGUGCUUUUAGAUAUGAAGGAAACACAUCUGACGUGCACAGACAGGAACAGUAAACAGGACCUGUUCAAGCACCACUACCCAGAGAUUUCAUGCGUUGGGAGGUUUGAUCGGCCAGACUACAUGAUAUUCGCCUUCUGUGUUGCAGAUUCCCCAGAAACCCCCCAGACUACAGGCUUCUGCUGUGCAGUGUUCAAAGCCAGGAGCGUCAAGGCGUGUGAAGAGAUCGUAUGUCGAAUAGCCACUGGUUUCAAGCACACAGAGUGGUUUGUAUGACUCAUGCUGUGGUGGAUUUUGUAAAUAAACACUUAUAAUGACCAAUGUUGAGUCACUGUGAAGUCACUACAGGACACAGACGCUUCUACUCAUAAAGACCUUUAAUAGAAAGACAUGUGACAACAGUUCAUAAAUAGUAUUAAAUGUAGCUGCCAAGAUUUUAUGUUGGAAAAACAUGUAAAAAGCUGUCCAGAAAAUACAGAGGGGUCUGCCGUGCUCCGUGUCACCCAAGUAUAGAGGUAGCCAAUACCCUGACACUGCUGUGAGUUGAGCACGACCGGCUGGCAUUGAGAUAAAUGGUAGAUGGCUAAAGAAACCCGUCCCCUCCCGUGGAAGAUGUGAAGAUCUUGUGCUCACUUCAAAGACUACUCCAUCCCCAGAAGGAACACCCACGAGUGGUGCAGUAAUGUACAUCUAGUAUAAUAAUGAGCCAUGGUGGAAAUAUGUAGACACUCUACCCUAAAGUGUAGUCGGGCGUGUGGAAUGGUCGACGUUUCGUCUCAUCUAAAAUACAAAAUUCAAGGAGAACUUAUAAAAACCCGAAAAA